CAUAAUUUAUUUACUCUUUAAUUGGAGACCCUAGUUAACUUCACAUUUAAAACUUGUUAACGAUUUUCAACUCAUGCCGGCUAAUUUUUGCUCACAACACUCUCUGCACGUCCAUUCAUCACCCUUAACUCAACAAAGUCACCUUUUUUUGCUUCAAAGAAAACCCAGAAGGCAUAUCCCCUUUUGUCCACUUUGGACCACUCCAUAAAGUUGCAAACUCAACAUCUUGCUACCCUUUAUUAAUAAUUCAAAACAAAACCCUCUUUAUGGCAUUCUUUUUAUUUCACUCUUAGAUGCUUCUUUGUUAGGUUUGAAUCAAUCAAAUUGACUGGCCUGCUGCUAACUUUUUUUUGGCCCCAUUUAUACCCUCUGCUGUACCCUCUUGUUUCUCUUAUCAAACCCCCAUUUUCUCUUUUCUCUUUUUUUUGCCUUCUGGGGGGUUCCAAAUUCCAUAGUUUCCUCAAAGGUUGAAUGAAAUGGCAGUUGAUCUUUGCUCAGAAAACUGUGUGGCUGCUUCCUCUUCCUCUUCUUCUGUGAGUCCAAGAAUCUCAUUCUCACAUGACUUCUCCCAAUCUGAUGUCAUCCCUGUUGAGCAACUCCCUUUUAGAUCAAACUCUUCUGGCUUGAAUCCCACCAUUGAUUUUGAUUUUUGUGUCAGUGAGAGUUUUGAGCUUGAGUCAUCUUCAGCCGAUGAGCUUUUCUCACAUGGGAGGAUCCUUCCCACUGAGGUCAAGAGAAAGAAUAAUGCUGUUCCACCUAUGAAGCAAUUAGCACCAAAGAGUACUUCUCCAUUGCCUCCUCCUUAUGCUGCUCCUAACAGUGUCUCCACUAGUAAAAACUUGAAGAAAGAGAUUAACCCCAAAGAAAGCAAGUGUUUGAAUGAUGAAGUGUAUGAGAAGCAAAGUUCAAAGUCUUCCUUUUGGAUCUUCAAGAGAAGUAGUAGUUGUGGAAGUGGACCUAGAAGGAGCUUUUGUCCUUUGCCACUUCUAUCUAGAAGCAAUUCAACUGGAUCAUCAACCCCAAGUGUUAAGAGGAGUCAUCCUCUUUCAAAGGAGGGUACUGUUAACAACAAUAUUAAACAGAAACAUUCUUCCACAAGGUUGAUGCCAAACGGUUAUCUUCAUCAUCAUCAUCAUCAAAAGCCUCCAUUGAAUUACAAGAGUACUCAUCAUGGAUCUUAUGGUAACAGUGUUAGAGUCAAUCCUGUCCUCAAUGUUCCACCUGCAAACCUAUUUGGUUUGGCUUCAAUCUUCUCCAACAAUAGAGACAAGAGCAAGAAGUAGUUUUAGUUUACUUGCAAACCGGUGGGGUCUAUCUUCUUUUUUCCAUGUACUUCUUAGGUUUACAAUUGCCAUGUGAACUAGCAAAAUUGAGGUAUAGCCUAUAGGUAAAAUUUUGAAAGGUAAAUGGUUUGCAUCAUGAAGACAAAUUGGUACAAAGAGAUGUAUGUGAAGGUGAUGGACACGAAUGAUACAAUGCAAGCACAUGUUUUGGGGCACAAAAUGACUGGUAACUGUUGUUUUCGUGGCUGUACCUUGCCUGUUUUUUGUUCCUCUGCUUUUGUUCUUUGGACUAUGUGUAAAUACAUUGACUUUGAUUGCUGCAUCUUCUUUGUGGGUUACUCUGGAUCUCUCUUGCUCUAUAUGAAUAUCUGGCUUAAUGGAGAAGUUAAUUAUA